GGCCCAACCCACCUCCGAAGGCGACAGCGGCACGACGAACAGCCCAGUAGCUGACACGCGCAGGAGCCGUCCAAGGCAGGGAGCUAGUCGGCCGGGGGCGAUGAGCACGAGCGGGAGGCGGCUGCUGCAGCGGCUCUGCAGCCGCAGCCGCGAGGUGAUCGAGCGCGACGAGCGCCGCGGCGGGCACCACUUCCGCACGCUGCCCGUGGUGCUGGCGCGCGCCGAAGGCGUGCACUGCUGGGACCUGGAGGGCCGGCGCUACGUGGAUUUGCUGUCGGGCUUCGCGACCGUGAGUCAGGGCCACUCGCACCCGCGGCUCGUGGCGGCGAUGCGCGAGCAGUGCGGCCGACUGGCGCACACCUCGCGCGCCUUCUACAGCGAGCCGCAGGGCGAACUGGGCGAGCUGCUGAGUCGCGUGACCGGUUACGACCGGUUCCUGCCGAUGAACACGGGCGUGGAGGCCGGCGACACGGCGUUGAAGAUCGCGCGCCGCUGGGCCUACCGCGCGAAGGGUGUGCCCGACGGCGAGGCGCUGGUGCUGUUCGCCGAGGGCAACUACUGGGGUCGUUCGCUCGCCGCGCUGUCCGCCUCCACCGACCGCAACUGCUACGCUCACUUCGGGCCCUACAUGCGCGGCUACCAGCACGUGCCCUACGGCGACCUCGGCACCCUCGAGCAGCGCCUGCGCGACCAGCCUAACAUCUGCGCUUUCAUGGUCGAACCGAUCCAGGGCGAGGCCGGUGUCAACGUGCCUCAGGAGGGCUACCUGCGCGGGGUGCGCGAGCUCUGCACCAAGUACAACGUGCUCUUCAUCGCCGACGAGGUGCAGACCGGCCUGGGCCGCACGGGCAAGCGCUUUGCCGUGGACCACGAGGGCGUGCGGCCCGACAUGCUGAUCCUCGGCAAGGCCCUCUCGGGCGGCAUGUAUCCGGUCUCCGGGGUCCUCGGCUCCGACGAGAUAAUUUUGACUCUGGAAACUGGAGUUCACGGGAGCACCUUUGGAGGUAGUCCUCUGGGUCAACAUGUCGCCGUUGAAGCGAUAAAAGUUCUGGAGGAAGAAAAGCUCGCGGACAAUGCGGCUAAAAUGGGCGAAAUUGUAAGGACAGAGCUGGAAAAAAUACCCAAAGAUAUUGCGCUGGAAUUUCGAGGAAAAGGCUUGCUGGCGGGUCUCAAACUCAAUCCAGAUUUCGCAAACGGCUGGGAUAUUUGCGAGAAACUAAUUAUUAAUGGAUUACUGACAAGGCCAGCUCACAAUUACAUCAUAAGGAUUUCUCCGCCUCUCUGUAUCAACGAAGAACAAAUACGAGAGGCCAUGCACAUUAUCACUUCGACUCUGUUAGAACAUAAAAAGAAAUAAAUUAGUGUCUUCAUUUAAAUCUGACUCUUUUCAUUUUUACUGUUUUAAACAUGCAUCAUACAAUAAUGCUUCUUUAACUGUAUCAUCAAAAAUGCAUUUGUAAAGGUUCGACUUAAAAAUAAAGUAUCAGUC